AUGUACUUUCUUCCGUCCAUGCGCCUCGCAACGGCCCUUGCCCUGCUCCCUGCCCUUGUUCAGGUGCGCGGGGCAGGCCAGGUGCCUGACAUCGACGGCGUGAUUGGAGGCGUUCCUACGGCCUUCACGCGCUCCAAAUCUACUCCGGCCAUUCUGGCCGCUACCGGCGACUCGGCGUCCACACCCACCACCCCCGGCCAGCUGCGCGGCGUCGUCGAGAACAGCGGCGUGUGCGAGACCGCUCCCGGUGUCUACCAGGCCUCGGGCUAUGGCGAUCUGACCGCCAACCAGAGUCUUUGGUUUUGGUUCUUUGCCGCUCGCGAGGACCCUGACACGGCUCCUCUGACGAUAUGGCUCAACGGUGGACCUGGGAGCUCAUCCAUGAUAGGCCUUCUCCAGGAGAACGGACCCUGCAGGAUCACCAACGACAGUUCUGGCGUUGCUCUCAACCCGUACUCUUGGAACAAUGUCUCGAACAUGCUCUACCUCGAUCAACCCGUCGGAACGGGCUAUUCCUAUGGUGAGACCACGGUGGGCACGUCCCAAGAAGCCGCCGCUGGCAUAUGGGCGUUCCUGCAAAUAUUCUUCGCAGACGCCAAGUUCUCUAAAUACGCCGACAACGACUUUGCCCUGUGGACGGAAAGUUAUGGAGGCCAUUAUGGUCCUAUAACCGCAUCGCACAUUCUUGACCAAAAUGCGGCCAUCGCCAACGGGUCCGUGAAAGGCUCCCCCAUCAACCUGAAAUUCCUUGGUAUCGGCAAUGGGCUAUCGGACCCGUUGAUCCAGUAUCCGGGGUACAUCUCUUACGCAGCUUCGAACCCAUACCAUCCUCUGGUACCUGAUGACACGAUCCAAGCAGCCACCAAUGCAUGGAACCGCACCGGUGGCUGUAAAGACCUCAUCACCGAUUGCAACAGCGGCAACAAGACGAACACGGUCUGCUCUGAGGCUCAAGGCUUCUGUAACAACGAGAUCCUGGGACCCGUUCUCGGCCCGUACGACCCGUACUUCGUCAACAGCCUUGUGCCGGAUGCAUACCCCCCAGAGAUCGACGGGUUCCUCAACAAUGCUACGGUUAAGGCGAAGAUCGGUGCCCAGUCGUCUUGGGAGAUGAGCAGUGACGACGUGUACUUCAACUUCGCGGACACCGGUGACUGGAUGCGCAGCUCGCGCCCUCUGCUGGAGAAAGUCAUCGAUGCAGGUGUACGGACGGUCAUCUACGAUGGCGAUGUGGACUACAUUUGUAACUACAUGGGCGUGGAAGCAAUGGUCGACGCACUGCAGACGAACUUCACGGACGAGUUCUCCAAACAGGAGUUCACCAACUACUCGAUAGCGGGUCAGGUCGCUGGUAUCUACAAGAACGCUGGCACCUUUUCCUAUGUCCGAGUUUACGGCGCGGGCCACGAAGUUCCCUCGUACACCCACGGGACGCUCGGGGUGGGCCAGGCGGCCUUCCAGAUCUUCUCUCAGAUCAUGGGAAACUCCUCGCUUUCGUCCGCGAACGGCACGUCCACAUCCACAGGCUCGCAAGCUUCAAACCCCGAAAACGACGCGUCGUCCCUCGGUUCUAUUGGUUCUAUUUGGAGCGUCUUCGUUUCAGGUCUAGUGGCGCUGGUCGUCCUUCCCUUCUAG